GGGUGACAUCUUUUAUACACACUUUUUCGGCUUACUUCUGCGUGAAGCCAGAAUAACUUCAACGGCCAACAUCGGUCCACGCGUUAUCAAUUUUUUUAAAUAAUCUCACAAAUAAAUGAAAAAUAAACAAUCUCAUAAUCUCAAAAGUGUUUGCACUUGAUAAAUUUAACAAUGAAAUAUGAAUAGCUAGUGUAAUUGAAAUUUAUGAUCUACAGAAUAAAUUUAUUAUUAACAUUCUACUAACAAUCCUAAGCUUUAGUAAAAAACAAUGGCUGCCUAUGAAACUCUUAUAAUUAAUUGUUACGUCAAAGCUUACGAUGACGAUGAAUGGUUUUCUCAUACGAUAGAUCUAUUCGGAAGAUACAAAGAAUUAUUUGGAAAAAUAAAAGUAUCAGCUAGUGUAGACUCUAGGUUUGAGUCCGCGGACAUUAAAAUUAAAAAAGGAAUCUCCAGACCAACAAUUGCAAUCAUUGAAUUAAAAGCUGACAAUAAAGAAUGGAUAAUACAAGAUACAAAUAAUUGGACAAAUGACAUUGAAUUUAAUUAUUUAGAUGUUACUGUAGAAGAGGGAAUUCAUAAAACCAGUCCAUUUCGACUGGAUGUAGUUUUUAAAAUAACCUGGUGUGGCUUUGUUGAUGAUAUUAAUUCGCCAAAUUUAUACGACAAUCUGAAACAUUAUCUGUACAGCCCGGUAUUCAGUGAUGUUAAAAUACGUGUACAAAACAACAAAGAAUACCCAGUACACAAAAUUGUCUUAGCUAUUCAGAGUCCAGUAUUAGAAAAUAUUUUACGAACGACCAUGGAAGAAACAAACGCCAAUUGUAUUUUUUUUUCUGAUAUUGAAGAAGAAGUUGGGGAUGAGCUUGUUAUGUUUUUGUACCAGGGUAAACUGAAAAAAGCUCACAACCAUCAUAAAACUGCAUUGAAAUUGCUUGAAAUUGGAACUGCUUAUAAGAUUUCGAAAUUAUCCAAUAUGUGUAGCUACAUUUUAAGUAAUAAUUUGACCGUUGAAAAUGUAUUAAAUACAUUGGAACUUUCAGUUGUUUACGAAUCAGUAGUUUUACAACUGCGUGCAAUAGUAUUUGCAGUCAACAAUUACGAUGAAGUCAGUAAACUUAAUUCUUUUCAAUCUUUUAGUCAACAACAUCCUGAAUUGAUUGCCAAAAUCAAUAAGAAGUUUCAAAAAUGUCGUAAACAAUAAUUUCUUUAUUGUAGAUUUUAUUAAUGACAUUAUUUUUUAAUUGAUAAUUCAACAACACAGAUGCUGUGAAAUGCUUCAAGAAACAAAUUUAAUCAUUAAGUGUUUAUUUAUUAUCGUUUUUCUUCAACGAAAGCAUUAUAUUAAUUAUUAUUAAUUAUCUUUUUUAACUGCUCGAAAUAUGAUGAAUUUCGUUUUAAAUUA